GCAGACGGCAGCGCCAUGGCCAAGUGGGGCCAGGGGGACCCGCGCUGGAUCGUGGAGGAGCGAGCGGACGCCACCAACGUGAACAACUGGCACUGGACCGAGCGGGACGCGACCAGCUGGUCUAAAAGCAAACUGGAGCAGCUGCUGGUGGGGAUCGUGGUGGGCAAUGAGGCGGGCAGCUGUGAAAUAAGCGACCUGAAGCAACUGGAAGGCGAAGCCUCCUGCAACAGCCGGAAAGGGAAACUGAUUUUCUUCUACGAAUGGAACAUAAAACUUAGCUGGAAAGGUACAAUGAAAGAAUCUGGUGAGAAACAUGAGGGAUCUGUUGAAAUUCCUAACCUGUCAGAAGAAAAUGAGGUGGAUGAUACAGAGAUAAGUGUAAGCAAAAAGAAAGGAGAUGGAGAUGUGCUAAAGGAUCUUAUGAGAACAGAAGGAACUUCAAAAGUCAGGGAGGCUCUCAGAGAUUAUCUGAAAGUUCUUAAAACAGAGUUUACUCUGGGAAUGAUCCUACCAACCAAAACUUCAGCUGGUCCGGAACUGGCGGUUAAAAAAAAAUUGAGUGAGAAUAAUGUUCAGGAUUCUGUUAUACCAAUUUCUUUGGAUACAGUUGGUGUAAAGAUUCCAACAGUAAAGAUACUUCUGAAAGAGAUGUUUGACUCUCCAGUAGAGGAGCUUUAUAGCAUCUUCAUAACUAAGGAGUUGGUGCAAAAAUUUUCUAAAAGUCGUGCUGUGAUCGAAGCCAAAAGAGGAGGAAAACUUCAAAUGUUUGAUGGUUGUAUUACUGGUGAAUAUAUAGAAUUGUUACCCAGCCAAAGGAUUGUCAUGAAAUGGAGAUGCAGGAACUGGCCUCAUGAAUAUUAUGCAACAGUUGCUUUGAAUUUCAAGGAUCAGGCAACUCAAACUGAAUUACAGUUAGAGUGCAAAGGUGUCCCUGUCUGUAAUGAAGACAGUACAAGACAGUGUUGGCAGAAGCAGCAUUUUGAAGAAAUACGUGUUUUACUGCAGCAGACCAAAGUAAAUGCUGAAUGAUGAUAGCACUGUAGUUAGUUUUAUUAGCGCAUUACUUUUAUAUAUAAAUAAGUUUGUCUCCCUUUUUUGUCCCCCUACCCCCUCUUUUUUUAAGAAAAUUAAUUUAUUUAUGGGGGAUGAAUAAACAUCCACUUCUGUGAUACUGUAUAUAAUUUAAGUGCUAUUUAUGUAUCUUCAGUGAAUGAAAUGGCCUCUUCCGUAAGUGAGAUUAUGUAUUUAGACACCCUCAGUUUGAGAACUGAUCACUGUUUUAUUAUGUAUAACUUAAAUUUGGAAACUGUUAGCGUGACUCAGCUGCUAUAGACUUCAUGGUAUUACAUCAUACUGACAAGUUCAUUUAGUAGAGACUAGCUACUAAGUAGGCCUAGUCCAGCUCUAAGUUAGAGCAAAGAAGUGACAUAGGCAUUGUUUAGUAAGAAUCCAUUCGUGGUGGGUAGAAUGUCUGUGUUUAAAUGCACUGCUGAUUAAAAGGUGAAUUGAAAGUCUUA